AUGGCUUCCAAAUAUGAUGAUGAUCAAACCAAGAUGAGAACUGGUUAUCCGGGGAUGGGUUACCCUCCGCCUCCGCUGGGGAUGGGUUACCCUCCGCCUACGCCGCCAGCAGCGGCGGCGGGAUAUCCAGGCUACCCAAACACCCACAAUGUAUACCCAUAUGCUGCAGCACCCCCAGCUGCUUACUACAACAAUGAAUACCCGGUGGCGGCGGCGUCACCGUACAAUUCAGGCCCCUACGGCUUCUUGCGGCAGAUAAUUAUCGGCAUGAUCACGACAUUUGUCAUAAUUGGAAUGCUAUACUUCCUUAUAUGGCUUAUGAUCCGCCCAAGAUACCCGGUCGUCCAGAUCGAUUCUCUCGUCGUUUCCAACUUCACAAUUACAGAUUCAAAGCUCGACACAGACUGGGACCUCAGCUUCAAUAUUUGGAACCCUAAUCGCAAAUUAGAUAUGAACUAUAAAGAGAUCGAUACUUUGAUAUUUUACGGAAGGAAUCUGUUGUCGACCACUACUAGUAAGCCUUUCUUCUUGGAGAAGAAGAAUAUGACGACCGUGAACGAAAAGCUUGUGACGCGUAAGGAUUUCGUGGGUGCAGAAAUGGAAAACGAAAGGAAGAGUGGGUCUCUGCUUGUGAGCGUGAGAUUCCGGGUAUCGGCAACGUUUCAGAAGGGAGAUUCGGUUUCCAGGGAAUUUAAGAUGGGUGUUCUCUGCGAGUAUUUGAGAAUAGACUUCGCGGGUAACACCAGUACCGGCAAGUUGGCUCCUGGAACUUGGACUUGUUUGCUUUAUGAGGUUUGA